AUGAAAUUCAUAGACGGUUUCUGGCUCUUGAAAAACGGCGUCAAGCCCUACUAUGCUCUACAGGUGGUCAAGGCAGAUCAGCAAACGGACGGUUAUGAACUUCAGGUUUCAACCAAACCCAUCAGGCAUCGUGGGGAUACCUUGGGCGGUCCUGUCCUCACGAUAAAAGUUCAUUCCCCGACAGAAGGCGUGGUUGGUGUCAAAAUCGACCAUUUCAGUUAUAGUGAGCCCACUGUAAACAUACCACUGUUCCCGAAUGCCAAGCCGAUCCCCAACGUCAAGCUGAGCAAAGCGGGGUCAGAUUACACUCUAAGCACCGCCGGGCUAAACGCUGUCAUCACUGAAAAUCCGUACACCAUCACAUUCAAGUCGCCCAAGCAAAUCCUGACAUCUGCAGGUCCGAAACAUCAGGGCGUGUUCGAUGUUCCUUCCCAGUGGACGCUCUCGAGUGCUUCAAAUAGUUCGUGCUUAGCAACGGACAUAGGAUCCAAUCCCAAUCCGGAACCCCUUCCCCCUAUCAUUCGGUACAUCAACUCUGAGCUGAAUCUGUCUCCCGGGGAGUUGAUUUAUGGGUUUGGAGAACAGUUCGGAUCCUUUGUCAAGAAUGGUCAAACCGUGAAGAUUUGGAAUCAGGACGGUGGAACCUCCAGCGAUCAAGCGUACAAAUGUGUACCAUUCUAUCUGACCAACCGGAAUUACGGUGUAUUCAUAAAUCAUCCAGGAGAAGUUGAAGUUGAAGUUGGUAGUGAAAAGGUUUCUCGAGUCGGUGUGUCCGUUGCCGGAACCAGCUUGGAAUAUUUCAUCAUAUACGGAGAGACACCGCUUCAAAUUCUUGAGAGAUACACUCGCAUGACCGGACGCCCCCCUGUGCUCCCAAGCUGGACAUUCGGACUCUGGCUAUCAACUUCGUUUUUGACAUCGUACUCCAGCGAAACUGUGUCCGGUUUCCUACAGGGAAUGCAAGACCGUGAUAUUCCAGUCCGUGUAUUCCACCUUGAUUGCUUCUGGAUGAAGCAGUACGAAUGGUGUUCUUUCACUUUCGACCCAGACAACUUCCCCGACCCAAAAGGUUACUUGUCGGAGAUCAAACGAAAAUUCGGUGUAAAAAUAUGCGUUUGGAUUAAUCCUUACAUCUCCCAAUUAUCACCAAUAUUCAAAGAGGGCAUAAAAGGAGGGUAUUUCAUCCAACGUACAGACGGGACCCCGUGGCAGUGGGAUCUGUGGCAGCCUGGGCUAGCGAUUGUUGACUUUACUAAUCCAAAAGCCUGCGAGUGGUACCUUGCCAAACUCAAUGCCCUUAUUGAUAUUGGUGUUGACUGUUUCAAAACAGACUUCGCUGAACGUAUCCCACACGCAUCUGUGAAAUAUUUCGAUGGAUCUGAUCCCAUGCGUAUGCAUAACAUGUAUUCUAUAAUCUACAACGAACUCGUCUUCAAUCUGUUGCGAGAUCGCCUGGGAGAAGGCGAGGCAGUUUUGUUCGCUCGGGCUUCUUUCGCUGGAGGCCAACGAUUCCCUGUUCAUUGGGGUGGCGACUGUGAAUCGACCUGGGAAGCCAUGGCCGAAGCGAUGCGUGGAUGUCUGUCUCUGACUCUUUCCGGCUUCGCAUUUGCUUCUCAUGACAUAGGCGGGUUUGAGGGCCAUCCCCCGCCUGAGAUAUACCAACGUUGGGUCGCUUUCGGUCUGUUUUCUUCGCACUCGCGAUUGCACGGUUCAUCGUCGUAUCGAGUCCCAUGGAACUAUGGAGAGGAGGCUGCCAAAAACAUGGCAACUUUGUUGGAGGCGAAGCAUUCGUUGAUGCCUUAUUUGUAUCAAUUGGCCAUUCAAUCUACCGAGACAGGACAUCCAAUGCAGAGAGCUAUGUUCCUCGAGUUCCCUGAGGAUAGAAACACCCAUCAUCUUGAUAGGCAAUUUAUGAUGGGACCCUCUCUUCUUGUUGCACCUAUCUUUGUUCCCCAAGAAGAGGAGACAGAAUAUUAUAUUCCGGCGGGACGAUGGACAAACUUCUGGGAUCAUAGUCGUACGGUUGUUGGCCCAAUAUGGAUCAAGGAACGCGUAGCUCUGGAUGAAAUUCCGGUCUGGGUCAGACCUGGAACACUGUUAUUACGUGGACCGCCAAAGACAGGACGUCCGGAUUACAACUACGGUAAAGACUUGCGUGUUGAGCUGUUUGAUGUGGCAGAGGGGGAGACAUUAGCCAAGGUCCCCGGAGGGGUCGUGAUACGUGCAGAUCGAGAGAAUGGCAAGAUCAAGGUUACCAUUAUUGAAGGUAAGGCCAGCAUCAACAGCAUUUUUCUGGUAGGGGCAGGAGGCAAAGAAAGUGUCGUUAAAGUCGAUAGCGGUGCUACGGAGGUCGUCUGUGAAUUAAUUUGA